AGAAACAAGUAAAAUUGAUUUGUUUUGACAAAAGUAGUACUUUCCAAUUUUUGUCGGUAAUUUUCUAAUUACGUCCAGAAUGAAACUCUUCAUCCUUGCUUCAUUGGCAAUUUCUGUCGGAUUCUCAGAAAGCUCUGAUUCAAAUGCUAAUGCUGAUCAAACCCCGCCACACCACAUCGUAGUAAGGUUGUCAAAACAAUUUCAUAUAGAGGCUGUGGACUGGAAACCAUGUAAAGUUACUGACUACAAUGCUUGGACGAACAACGUAGUGAAUGCACUUAACGCUAUUGCAGAUGCAAACUCAAAUUCUAAGCAUAAAAAACUAUCAGUUAGUGAGUUCAAACAGUUAGUAGUCCAUGUCAUCAAAGCAGCAGUACCAUGCGCGAAGGCAAAGUAUGUGAGGGAAAAAACGGACAAUUAUAUGGCUAACCGUGAAGCUCCUCAUCACUGAAAAGAAGAAAGAGAAUGGAAAGUGAAACAAAGGACGGUACACAUUUGACGACUUAUGAUCUUUUCACAAUUAGCUUAUAACCUGUUAUUUUUGUUAUAAACUUCCACUGUGUUUUUUCUAAAAUUUUGAUUGUGUACUGUAAAAACGUACAACAAAAAUACAAAUAAAAGUAAAUAAAUAC